ACGGAGUGACGGCUGCCUGCAGAUUGUGGGUUGGACACUGUGGGAGGUAGCCGUGGGGUGUCUAAGGCAUGUGAGGGUCCCCUGACCGGCCCAAUUGUAGAAAUUAACGAGACAUUCUAAGUUCAUAAUUGGAAAGGAUGCAAACUGCUUUGAGCCAACAGCGCUGCUUGCCGGCCAGCACAUCUGGAAGAUGCAGUCUUACAUCCUUUGAUUGUUCGGAAGAUUGCCCAGGCAGCUCAGGCAGGCUGUUGGGGCGCUUGGCCAAGAGCAGAACCCUCCUGCUCAGAAGAGGCUCAGCUUUGAGGGGCUCAUACAGCCGCAGAUGCAGUCUGCUGCCUGCAUGCUGCCAGCCAAGGGCUGCAGGGCAUGUGGGAGCAUUACAAAUCAGGAGCAGCGCCGCCAAGCGCGACGUCCGAGCACAGGCGAGAUCUACGGCAGGCCAGGUUGGCGUCGCCGCGGUUGAGGAGGUCGUGGACGCUCCACACCCGGAAGUGCUCAGCUAUUCCUCGCUGCCCGUCAGCUUCGCUGCACGCACAGUCAGAGAUAGCUAUCUGAGUGUCCAGAACGUGGAGAGCUUGACGAGAGAGCUGGCAGAGGUCGGAGAGCACUUGGAGAGGCUGGUUGCGUCUGAGGACACCCCGUCUUCAAGGGCUUACUCGGAGAGCGAGAUGAGCGAGGAAGAUUACAAGAGGUUACAGGAGGCUCGCAGGCAGCAUGAGGAC